AUGAGGCCACAGGAAGGAGCAGGGCCCAGGUCCUUGGAGCAGGCUCAAGCAGCAGGACCCCAGGCGGAGGCUUGUCAGAAACGUGUCCUGUGCAUCCUCUCGGCAGACAAGGCGCCAGCUCCUCGCCGGAGACGCACAAAGUUCACGGAGCACCAGCUGUCUGAGCUGAGAAAGUUCUUCUCAAUCACCCAGCACCCCAGAUGGGAGAACAUCCAGGCCCUGGCCUUACAGCUGCAGCUGGACCAGUCAGUGGUGAAGGCUUGGUUUAAGAACCAAGUGUCCAAGUUGAAGAAGCAGCAGCAGCAGCAGCAAGAGGAGGGACGGCCUGUAAACCCGGAAGCCCCUCAGGACCAGGCCAACAAUAAGAUGCAGGUCCCCUGGGCCUGUGCCCUCAGCCCCCAGCAGCCUUCCAGAAUCUGGGUCCCCCAAGGCCCAGAGCAGGCCCAACAGGCUGCAGCGUCCAGUUUCCCGCCAGCGUCUCAGUCCGUGGAUGAUUUGGAGGUGUCCUGGACCGAUCCUCUUCCCUACAGCACAGAAGAGCUUGCUGACAUCUAUGAUGUGUCUGGGGACGAAGACCCCUCCAGCCUGGAUGAGUAUCUUCCUGGGGAACCUGCAUUGCUAGGCACAAACAACCCCAAUUUUAUACAGAAUCCUCGCCACCAUCGCCCGAGCAUCCACAGCCCCCGGGGCACCCCGACCCCCGCCGGUGCCCGCCGGGCCGCAUCGCGCUCCCCGCGGCUUCCGAUAGCCCUCAGGCCCCAAUCAGUGCAGGCCUCACCCGCCCCAGCUGGGUAG